CGCUCUGGGUUGAACAAGCCCGGUCGCAUGAAGCUUGGGACUCUGUCGGGCAUGUUGGAAUGAAUAGGCGAUGGCUGCAAAAUGGAUGUAAAGAUGAGACCAGGUUCGGCUGUGCGCGGUGUGACCUGGCGCCACGCAAUCUACCAGAUGCGAAUACCCACUGACAUCAUGGAUAGGGGCGUCAUACAAGCCCAGGGUGCUCGGAAGCAGCUCGACGCAGGUACGGGACAGCAAAGAAUGGUGGAAGCGAUCAAGCUGGUUCUUGUGAUGGAGCGUGCUCUGCCAAUUCUCCCGAUAGUGCGGAGCAUUAAACAACGAAGAUGGGGCAGGGGAUUGUGUGUCGACAUCGCUGGGAGUGUUCUAUAUUUAUUUUCGCAGUACAAAUGGAAUGUCAAGUCCACACUGCAGCUGGGAGUGGGGCAAUGUUCAAUCAUCCAGUCUAGCUCUGCGCAUCCCAACAAGCCAGCUGUUAAUCCUCAAGUGCCAUUCCAGUUGUCUCAAUUGGGUUCCGACCGGGGGUCGGCGAAAUUAUCGCCACACCGACCGGUAAGCAAGCCUCAAGCAAGGAGUCGAGCCAGAGGCGUCUUUUUAGUUCCAACGUCGAAGCUUGUCUGCAGCCGGCGGAUCGGUGUACGUAGGCAAGUGUGAACGUCCCUGGAUGCAAGUGAUAUGAAGAACAGAAGGAUGGAAAC